GCUCGCCAAGAUAAUCUGCUAGCUUGUCACGGCGUCACACAUGUGACCGCGACCGGUUCGCUUCAAGCUCUGCAUUCUGAGCCUGCACCAAAUCUAUUGUAAUUCUUCAGUUAUGUCUCUUUCUCUCAAGAUCGAAUUCGGCGGAGGCCUGGAGCUUCUGUUCUCAAAUCAACGGUCGCACAAAGUCACUAUUCCAUCUCGGAUGCCUUCAGGACAAGGAUCGGAGAAUGAACGACCCGUCGAUCUCAAGUACUUGAUCUUUUGGUUGAAGGACAACUUGUUGAAAGAGAGAGUAGAGUUGUUUAUUGAGAAUGAGACAGUCCGACCAGGAAUCCUUGUCCUAGUAAAUGAUACCGACUGGGAACUCGAAGGCGAAGGCGAAUACCAGCUGCAGGACGGGGAUGAGAUCGUCUUUAUAUCUACUCUGCAUGGUGGUUGACUUCGGCCAUAACUAUGCCUGCAAUUUUUUAUUGGUCGAUGUCAUUACACGAGACUGCUGCUCCGAGGAGAGCUCGCGGAGACAUGCCGAGAGCGCACUCCAUUCAGACCUCAUUAAAAAUGUUCACGAAAC